AUGGCGGAAAGGGAUGCGGAAGGACGCGACGACAUGUUGAAGAAGAAGAAGCGGCGAACUCGAGAACGUGGCGAGGUACUGCCAUGGUGGAAGGGGACGCAGAGGCGUGUUGAAGAAAAAGAAGCAGCGCACACGAAGAAUGCGGCGAAGUGCAGCAGUGUGCUAUGGCGGUCUUCUUCUUCAGCUGCCAUGGCGGAAGGGGAUGCAGCGGUUGCGAACCAACCCCACUUGUUCCCCCAAUUCAUUCGUCACUCACUCACCCUGGACUGGAGAACUCUGAACUCUGAAGCAAAGGGAACCCUAUCCCUUCUUCGCCGCCGCCGGUCCCAGGUCGUCAGCGCCGCCGCCGUCCCCAGGUCCUCAGCGCCGCCGCUUCUUCCUCUUCCCCGUGUCCAGAACCCAGUUGCUCGGCACGUCCUCUUCAUCUUUGCUGGCUUCUCGGCACGGAACCCAGAUUGCUGCACUAAAUCAAUUGAGAGAUAUAUUUGGAAUUUUGGAUUGGACAAACGCGAAGCAGAAGCCAUUUCACUUGAUCAGCUGCAGCAGCAACAACUUGUUCUCUCUGUGUCUCGUUUUCACUCCGCCCUCACCUUCCACCUUCCACUCUCCUCCUCUUACCCUUUGUUUUUUUCAACAGCGGCAUCUCCUGACAAAGAGAUAGUAGCGGAGAAAGUCUUGAAGGAAUUUCAUGCCACAAUUGAAAAUGCGGCAGCAUCAAGUGUCAAAGGUUAUGCUGCAUAUAUUGAUAAGAUGUGCAAGAUUGGAAAUCUUUCUGCUGUGAGUCAAAUGCUACAAGCUUUACAAGACAGGAACAUUUCUGUUCCCCCUAAUGUGUAUAUUGUCUUCUUAGCAGAGGCAAGUCAGAAGAAUGACAUAGACCUUUCGUGUCAAGCCUUCAAGAAAUUAUUGCUGUCCUCUAAAUCCCCAAGUGCAGCUUCAUGUCUUAGUUUUGCCCAGGCUUUCACAAAAGCCAAUGGUUGUAUCGAGCUACUCAGAUUCAUUGAAGAAGUAUCAGAAAUAACUUGUUCGAGUACAUCAUUUGUAAACAAGAUCAUUUUCGCCCUUGCCAAAAGUGGACAGAAGGAUAAGGCCUUGGUGAUAUUUGAUUAUCUUAAGAGUCAUAACUAUAGUCUUGACUUGGUCACAUAUAAUAUUGUUCUAGAUAUAUUGGGCCGUACAGGUCGUGUGGAUGAAAUGCUUGAUGUGUUUGCAACCAUGAAGAAAGCUGGUUUUGCCCCGGAUAUUGUUUCUUAUAAUACUGUAUUGAAUGGAUUGCGGAAGGCUGGAAGAACAGACAUGUGUAUUGUGUAUUUUAAGGAAAUGAGUGAGAAUGGCAUCGAACCAGAUUUGCUUACAUAUACUGCAUUAAUUGAGAGUUUCGGCAGAUCAGGAAAUGCUGAGGAAUCUUUGAAAUGCUUCAGGGAGAUGAAACUGAAGGGGAUCCUCCCUUCAAUAUACAUCUAUCGAUCGCUAAUCAAUAAUUUAAACAAAUCAGGAAAGGUUGAGUUGGCAAAAGAGCUUCUAGAGGAGAUGAAUUCGUCUUCUACUAGUCUAGCUGGUCCCGAAGAUUUCAAGCAUAAAAGAAGACAAAGAAACAGGCUGACCGAGGGUCCCGAAGUUCGUUAGUUAUGUUGGUAUGCUGUUCUCUGUCAUUUCUUAGUUGUAAUAGAAUUGUCGUAGGAAGCUGAACCCCAUGCAUGUCUAUGAGGUUGAAUUGUUAGAUAUGUGCAAAGGAAAAGGGUAAUAUUGAAUAUUGAUCAAUUCAUUUUGUUCUUUACUUAUUGGAAUGAUCAGCUAAUUUGUUGAGGCACAUAA